AUGAGAUAUAAUCUACAUGUCAUAAAAUUAAUUUGGUGGUGCCCCUACAACUUUGGCUGGAAUGCUUGGUGGUACAGCAUUGGGAUUUGGAUUAAAUUUCCCUGGAGCAGGUGGAGCAGCUGCUGUUGCAUCUACUACAACGUCAACCAUCACCACUACCACGGUCACCACCACCAGCACCAGCACCAGCACCACCAGUAGCUUUACCAUGAAUCUAAAACCACUGACAUCAACUGGCAUGAAUAACACUGUUCCAUUCGGCAUGAUUCCUAAACCUUUUACUUUGACCAUUAGUGAAAUCAUAACUCCUGUGAUGACAUAUGGUCAGCUGAGUGGUCUGGUAAACAAAUGGAGCCUUGAGUUAGAGGAUCAAGAGAAACACUUUCUUCACCAGGUCACCCAGGUCAAUGCUUGGGACUAUACAUUGAUUGAGAAUGGUGAGACGAUUAUUGCUUUACAUGGAGAAGUGCAAAAGGUGAAACAGGAUCAGAAAAGGCUGGAGCAAGAAUUGUAUUUUAUCCUGUCACAGCAGAAAGAACUAGAAGAUCUCUUGACCCCUUUAGAGGAGUCUGUAAAGGACGAGAGUGGGUCUGUUUGUCUGCAGCAUACAGAUGAGGAGCGUGAGAGGAUUUACCAGUUAGCAGAAGAUGUAUAUGCUCGGCUGAAACGAAUGGCCCAAGAUCUCAAGGACAUUAUUGAGUACCUGAAUACAUUUGGAAGUCCUGCUGACACUACUGGCCCGCUCCAGCAGAUCUGCAAAAUUCUGAAUGCUCAUAUGGACUUUCUACAAUGGAUUCAUCAGACUUCAGGCAUGCUGCAAAGGAAUGUAGAAGAGAUAGAAGUUUUCGAGCAUCGUCAUUACAGGGAGCAGGAAUGCAAUGUCAGGAUUGCUUUUGAUUGAAUGACCCUAUCUUCAGCAUGCUGUUUUUGGAUUAUACAUUACCUACAAAUUUUGAUGGUGUUUGUUAGAGUAGUAUUUACAGUUAAUAUUUAAUCUUUGGUGGCAAUAAAGGCUGCAUGUAUUUUUCCCCCACUUAAGUAUUGUGCUGUUGGCAAUGAUACUGUAGUUUGGCUUUUAGUAUUAGCAACUCAAAACUAUAUCAGCUCUUCUGUCUAGACAGCAGCCUAUUUGAUGUUGACUCUGUGUGUGCAAUUCAUGGCUUACUCUGCUAGAUUCCAUAUCUUACCGGCAGCACGCAUUGUCCUUUUCACUCCAGCCAGAUCAUAAAGAAAUGUUUGCCAAAAAAUAGAUGCCAACCAGUCUUGACUGGGUGCCUGUUAACAUUCAACGUAUAGUGUUAGCUACUGUAAAGUUUCUCUCGUCAAAAGAACUUACUGUCUACUUUGAGAUAUACUUAAUGCCUGUCUGUAUAAAAAAACAGUAUAGACAAUACAAGGAAGUGUGUUAUGAAGUACAGAAAGUAUGCUAUAGAAAUUCAGAGAAGGGAGGAAGAGUUAGGAUGGAUUUGGGACUUGAUUUAGGUUAUUUAAAAAAGGGUAUGGUUCAGGCAAUUGGUUUAUUUUUGAUGUCCAGAUAAUCUGGUGUUUUACUUGGUUUUAGCAUAUGAUUUAUAGUUGUGGGU